AUGUCGCGUGGUUCAAACACGGGUGAGAGAAGUCCUGAAGGUCCAGCGAGCCCUAGUCCCGAGCCGGAAUACGAGGCUUUGUUCGGCGUGGUUUUUCCGAUCUAAUUUUUAGGAUAACUGGUCAUUUUAGGAAUCAGCGAAUGAUCCUGAAUUUGAGGAGCUUAUGCGUCGGCGUGCUCUGCUUUUACAGGAACUUGGAGAGUGUGGUAUUUUCUUCAUUUUUCUUUAAUCUUAGAUGAAAUUGUUUCAAGAAGACUCUGACUCGGAAGUUCUUGAAACGCCUUGCAAAAUGCAACGGCUCGACGAUUCCUAUGAUGCUAUGGAAAAAAUAUUCGAGAUAGAAGGUUUAUUGGUCGAAUGAUCGAAACAAGAUUAAUUUCUAGAGACAAAUGGUGCCGAAACUUCGUACUUUGACGAUUACAAAGAGGAAACUAUGACGCCAAGGUUGGUUCUUUGCCUUGCUUUCAAUUUAAUUGAUUUUCAGAAGAUCCGAGUCGCAAUCCAGUAUGGAAUUCGAAGAUGAGGAGGAAUAUGAAGAGUUCCACGAAGAAGUUGAAACCAAUGGAAAAUGCCCAUUUUCCAACGGAGCGGUAGAAAAUGAGGGAAAAACUUGGAACUGAUGGAGAGAGUUUAGAAAAGUCCGGUUAUUGAUACGGAGACAUUGGACGAAUGGCUGCAGCAGCCUUUGGAAGAGAAUAAUGGCCAGAGCAAUGGAAAUUUGACCGUGUAAGUACAUUGGGGACGUUUUUCGAGGCUUUUUUGUCGUGACUUGAAAGUUCUGGGUUCUGUUUCACUUAUCCUAUUUUUUUAGAUUUUUAGUUUUCAUGAAUUAUUCGCCAAUUUUCAUGGAUUAUUUCAUCCAUGUUUAGUUGUAAUUAGAAAAAAACGUGAGAGUUUUUUCGGGUUUGAAAAAAUUUUACAGUAAACUAAAAUCAAGCUUUUUGGUGUAGACUUUAAAAAUAAUUUUUUUGAGGUGGAAAAAUGUGCUGGAUCGCAUGGACAACGACUGCUUCUACCCGAUGCCCUAG